AUGGGAGAUUCUGUGGCCUGUGACAUUGUCAUGAAGAACAUCUCCAUUUGUUCAGGCAUGCCCUACAAGGAAAGCAGGAUGCUGCUGGUUGCUGUUUAUAGCAUUGUUUUUGCCAUAGGACUUCCAGCAAAUUGCUUAACUUCCCUGCUUACAUUCGUACAAAUCCGAAGAAAUAAAGUAAUAGCCAUCUACAUUUUCAGUUUAUCAUUGUGUGAACUGAUGUAUUUGAGUACCUUGCCUCUCUGGAUUAUCUAUGUCCAAGAAGGGCAUGACUGGAAAAUGGGUCUAAAUGCGUGCAGAGUUACAGGAUUCAUUUUUUUCUGCAACAUAUACAUCAGCAUUCUGCUCUUGUGCUGCAUUUCCGUGGAUCGUUAUGUGGCAUUGGUAUAUGCUUUGGAAUCAAGGGGAAAAAGGGGACAGAGAAAAGCAAUCCUAACUGUAUGUGUUCUCUUUGUUAUGGUUGCAAUAAUCCACAGUCCCGUAUUUUCUAUGGAAGAUAACCCACCGGAUCUGGUUAACACACCCUGCUUUGAAACUUUUCCCCUGGACACAAAAUUAGCUUCUUUCAACUUUGCCAGAUUCCUACUUGGAUUUGCUGUACCUUUCGCAAUCCUCAUUUUCACAAACUACAAAAUUUUCCAAAGUACAAAAACAAGCACCAGUUUGAACUGUCGCCAAAAAGCCAAAGUGAAGUACCUGGCUAUUGCCAUUAUUGUCAUUUUCCUGAUCUGCUUUGCUCCCUACCAUGUGGUACUCCUAAUAAGAUCCAUCUACUUCAUGUUUAAUCCAAGUUGUUCAUGUCCAUUUGAAAGAGAUAUAUAUUCUGUUUUUACAGUAUUUCUGUGUUUAUCCACUGCAAACAGCAUUGCUGAUCCAAUCAUAUAUGUGCUGGUUAGCGAAAACGUCAGAAAAGAUUUUUACAGGCAUCUGAGAAGAUGGAGACUGAACUCAUUUAAGACGAAUUCAUCCAUUAAUCACAGGACUGAGAGUGGCAAAUUGAAAAUGGAAAAAGAAUCACAGGAAGGAGAACAGGAAGGAGAAAACAAAGAAGCACCAAAUUCACCCCAUGUUGAGAAGACCUGUAGUAGCAGCAAAGACGGGGCAGACGGCAGCUAG